CCACCCAACACCACCACGUACGGUCCGACCGUCCGAGCCAAUCCAGGAGCGCCGCCGAGCCCUCCUCCCUCCCGUCCCGAUCAUUUCUCUCCGCCACCACCACCAGCCGCAAAAAAAAAUGUGCGGAAAGGGCCGGAACAACGGGCUCGCGUCGCCGGCGGGGACAAGCGGCACGGCGACCGCCAUCGUCGCCCUCGCGUCGCUGCUCCUCGCGGCCUCGGUCGUCGUCUUCCUCGUGUCGCCGCCGGCGCCGGCGGCGGACGAGAAGCCCCCCGAGCCGGUGGAGCUCGCCAUCGGCGUCGCCGGGCACGAGGGCUGGCUGGACGCGCUCCGGGCGUGGGCCAAGCUGGCGUGCCUCAAGCUCCGCCCGCUCGAGCCAAGGUGUGAUCUGAGGAGCUCGGGGUCGAUGAAGAAGGCGGCCAAGCAGAGCCUGGCGAUGGGCAAGGAGGCCGUGGAGCAGACGGCGGUGUCGGCGGCGAGGGCCGCCGAGGAGACCAUCGGGAGGACCACCGAGAAGGUGCGGAGGAAGGUCUCCCCGUCGCCGUCGACGUCGUCGGCGCCACUCGCCGAUGGAGACCUGUGAUCUGCAUGCAGGUCGACGCAAGCGCCAAAAUUUUCCGAGCUGCAUCCCUCCACUUUAUGUUACCUGUAAGCUGUAGCUUUCUACUAGUGCGAGAAGAAAAGAUGGCCCCCUCGGCGAUAUGUAUGCGUAUGAAUAUCCUGCGAUUCUGUUUU